CCCUCCCUCCCCAGAGGGCGGCGACCAGGCGGCGGCCGCAGCCGCAGGAAGAUGCUGGAAGCCAGCGAGCGCGCACCGCGGAGGUGCUGAAGGGACAGUUCCCGUGGCAGCACUUGCCCCAGAUCGCGCGGGGCACAUAAGCCAUGGAGACUAUCUGGAUCUACCAGUUCCGCCUCAUCGUGAUCGGGGACUCCACGGUGGGCAAGUCGUGCCUCCUGCACCGCUUCACCCAGGGCCGCUUCCCAGGGCUGCGCUCCCCAGCCUGCGACCCCACAGUUGGAGUCGACUUCUUCUCGCGCCUACUGGAGAUUGAGCCGGGCAAGAGAAUCAAGCUGCAGCUCUGGGACACGGCGGGGCAGGAGCGCUUCAGAUCAAUAACUCGAUCCUAUUACCGCAACUCAGUUGGUGGAUUUUUAGUAUUUGACAUUACUAACCGACGGUCUUUUGAACAUGUGAAAGAUUGGCUAGAAGAAGCGAAAAUGCAUGUACAACCUUUUCAUAUUAUAUUUCUACUAGUGGGACAUAAAUGUGAUUUAGCUUCACAACGCCAGGUGUCAAGGGAAGAAGCUGAGAAACUGUCAACAGACUGUGGAAUGAAGUAUAUAGAAACCUCGGCAAAAGACGCUACAAAUGUUGAGGAGUCCUUCACAAUCUUGACAAGAGACAUCUAUGAACUUAUUAAGAAGGGAGAGAUUUGUAUUCAGGACGGCUGGGAAGGGGUUAAAAGCGGUUUUGUUCCAAAUACUGUGCAUUCUUCUGAGGAAGCAGUAAAGCCCAGGAGAGAGUGCUUCUGCUGACUUCAACAUGGCAAAGAGCUGUCACAGACAGGCCACCGUCCUUCUGGAUGAAUGUCAACAUUUAUAGCAGAACAGCGUAAGGAGUGAACACCUGGGAAACAUCCAGACUCAUGGUAU